UUGCCCCUGUGCCGUCCCGCAAGACUUCAUGUCAGCUGUCAGCGGACGACUGUAUGUGUGACGGAGCUCGUGUGCAAUAAAAGACAAAAUUUCCUUUCGCACUAUUAAUUUACAUAUGUUCUUUCUUUAUUCCCAUCCUAGUUCUGACACAGUAAUCAGAUAAUUCGUUUGCAUAUACACUCAUACACGAAAGUAUUCGAACGCUUACAUUGAGAACCUGAUCAAACAUCUUUGUUGGUUUUUAUGGAAUACACUCUUUAUGACGAUAGUGUUUUACAUGUUUGCUAGUUUGAAUCAUAUCUAUAUUUUUUUUUAAUUUCACAGCAUCCAGAGGUAAUUUCAAUCUCUAGUCUCGAUAUUGUCAAAAUAUUACAUAUUAAGGUUUCGAGAAAUCGGACAAAAUGAUUUCCCAGUUUAACACUUAAUGCCUUUAAAACUAUUUCAACUAUAAGACUAAUACUUGGCAGAAGUUAAUUUUCCAACAUCAUCUUCAAAUGCUCAGUGGGAAGUUCAAUAUUUUGUUAAAAUUAUAAAUUAUCAGAAUGGCUGAAGAAUCUGGAUGCUGUGAACUGCAACAGUUAGUUCAAGAAGAAGAAUGCGAAGAACCAUUAAGUCACGGUGGAGAAGCUACUCCACCUUCGACACCAGCAAGGUCUAAGCAUCCAAGUAAAAAUGAUACACAUAGUUCUCAUGUAUCGCAACAAAUAUUAUGGGAAAGUAGUACACAAAUAUCACCAAUUGUUAGUAAAGGAAGUUCUGGCCAGGCAACAAGUCAGGGAUCUAUGGUUUCUGGUAGAGCUGUGAAUCUUUCAAAUUAUGGUAACCAGUCACGUCUAAGCUAUAUGAAUGAAAAGGAAAAACAGAAACCAAAUCGGCCAGAACCAUCAAGAAUUAAUCGUCAACAUAAAGGUAUGGCGCCAUGCAAACAUCAUUGCUUUUUAUCAGAGGUUCCCGAUGUUCGGCGUAUGGAGCAAGCUUUGUUACAGCUUUUGGAAGAUUUUCACAGCGGCAAUUUACGAGCAUUUGGAAAAGACUGUAGUAUGGAACAAAUGACAGAAAUACGAGAACAGCAGGAACGACUAGCUCGACUUCAUUUUGAAUUAGGACAAAAACAAGAAAUAGGUGGAGAGCAAUCUGGUCUUCGACAUUCGAGCGCUAAUAUGCGCCACUUAUUGCAGCGCCUUCAACAGCUCAGUGUUUGUAUUGAAAAAUUACAUAGUAAAUGAUUACAAAUUAUUUAACUAGGAAAAUGGGUACUAAUUAAUAUAAAAAACAAAUUUGUAUGAAAAUGUAAGUAUUUUAUAAGGCGAUUUUAUAUUAUAAUAAUGUUGAUUUUAAACUGUUUUUAUACGAUUCAACAUUUAGAUUCGGUCACUUUCCAAAUAGUGGAAUUAUAACAAUACUUUCAUUCAAUUUUUAUUUACAUGUUUGUAUAAUCUAUUCUUUUAACUGCUUUGUGAAUAUAGUUUUAUGUACGUUAACGAAGAGAAAGUCGCAGGUUCGUAAAGUGAUCUUUAAUAAAGAUACAAAGCAGCACUGAUUAUCACAGUUUUUAAGUAAAAAAAUGUUUUAAUAAAAAUAGGCACAGGGUGCAUCAAACUGCUUUAUAUCUUUAUUAAAAAUCACCUCAUGAAUAUUUCAAACAAAUCUCAUCAAAAAAUUGGUAGGACUCCUGCAAUUUCCUUCUUGUAAGAAAAAUAGAUAGUAAUAAAUUAAUUUUUGUUAUUAUUGGGUUUAAAAAUAUUACACACGUAUUUUUGUAUUUCAAUAAAGAUAUUUACA